AUGGUUCCUUCUGUUUCGAAAUUGUCUGUUAUAUCCACGGAAUCUUUGAAUUCUUUAAAAUCAGUUUCUUCUCGGAUAAAUCUAACAAAAGAAGACUAUGAAAACACUCCGUUUGCUCAUGUCGAGAGGAUCAUUUGGUUGCUUCGCUUGGAUUUCACCCAUUCUAGAGGAUGGGCAAGACGAAUCAAUAAUGCAGUCACUGCGAUUUUCUUGAUUUCCAGCAUGUACUAUCUGGGCUUCAUGGCAAAAACAAUGUUCUAUAAAUCGUCAUUUUAUGUUUUGGAUAUGUCUCUUCAACUUCUUAGUUUUUCUGGUUUAUUGGCAGUUGAGUGGAAAAUUGGAAGGGUUGAAAGCGAAACUCGAAGUUUGUCAGAAUUUCAGAGGCAUGGAGCUCGCUGGUUCAUUAUACUGUAUGUAGUUACAACGGUGUUCAAUGUCUGCUAUUCUGCAAAAUUCUAUUUUGAAAAAUCGCAUUCGGUUUGGGCAAUGUUAAUUUCAGAGAUGUUCUAUUACAAAAAACUGCGAUUCAUUAUGUCGAUUAUCAGUUCAUAUAUGUAUUCUGUCUGGCUCACAACUACUUAUGUUUUUGUCACUUAUGCAAAUGCUGCAUAUUUCGAAGUUUCUUAUUUCAACAAACAGAUUCGGAAUCUAUCCGGAACUCGAGAUUAUUUAAAAGAAGAGUUGCUGAAAAACAUUGAGAAGUUUCGACUCAUAAGUGAAGCGAUUGCUGAGCUAGACAUGGUUUUUCGGCUCUACACAUUUGCCAUGUUGGCUACAGUAAUCCCGAUUUUGAUAUUCACUUUAAUGAUGCUGAAUCAACACAUGUCCUCUUUUACUGACUUUCUCAUCUGUGCUCCUUUCAUCCUUUUCUGUACAUGUGCAUUCUGUUCUGUUACUAUUGCUCCUGCUCGUGUCCACGAAGAGUGCCAGAAUCUGAAACAUUCCUUGUGCAAAAACAAGAACAUCUGGCAGCCCUAUGACCCAGAGAUUUAUCAGCUUGCGAACACUUUAUCCAAUCAUUGCGAACAAAACGGAUUGGGAAUUUCUAUUUGGGGAUUCGCCACUUUGUCGCGUCCUUUAAUUCUGGGAACACUGUCGGCUACAGCAAUGAUGAUGUCUCUGUUGACAGAUUUAAAGCCGGAACGAAUAAUUGAGGUGACAGUGGAAGAUGGAAAUUAA